GGAAGAACGAGAAACAUUACGACUCGAGAGCGGAAAGCAGAAAGAAGAGGGAGAGGUCAGGGUAACAAUGACGAGCAUGGACGAUGGCGGCACGGCGUCCUUGCCUCGCCGCCGCGCUGCUGCACCCUCGUACAGCACCUCGCUGCUCGCGGGCGCGCUGAGCGGGCUGACGGUGGAUCUGCUCUUCUAUCCCAUCGACACGCUCAAGACACGCAUGCAGUCGCGCCAGGGCUUCCUCGCCGCCGGUGGCUUCACGGGCAUCUACCGCGGCAUCGGAAGCGUCGCCGUGGGCAGUGCGCCGGGCGCGGCGGCUUUCUUUGUCGUGUACGAGCGCAUGAAGCCGGUGUUGACGGACCUCACCGGCCAGCCCGACGGGUCCGCCCUCGUGCACAUGACGGCCGCAAGCACAGCCGAGGUGGCAGCAUGCAUGAUCAGGGUCCCGACAGAGGUCAUCAAGUCGCGCCAGCAGACGUCGGCAUAUGGCACAAAGACGUCGUCAGCCCAGGCCUUUCGCGCAGUGAUGCGAGAGGCGGGCCCGCGGGGCUACUAUAGAGGCUUCGCCGGCACUGUAGGGCGAGAGAUCCCGUUCACCUGCAUUCAGUUCCCCCUCUAUGAGCACCUAAAGCUGCGAAUGGCACGGUCGCCCUUCUUCUCCGGCCGGGAGGGCGCUGCUUCGGAGAAAGGGCACUCGCGGUCAAUACCGACCUGGCAGGCCGGGCUAGCAGGCAGCAUCGCUGGUGCGAUUGCAGCGGGACUCACGACGCCGCUGGACGUCGUCAAGACACGCAUCAUGCUCGAGCGGCGCGCACACAAUGUCGCGCCAGCCGAACCCCUCUCCAGUCCAACGGGCGUCAACACCAAAAUCAUCCCCACCUUGACGCACAUCUUUCGAAACGAGGGUCCAGCGGCCCUCUUUUCUGGCUUUGUGCCCCGCACCCUCUGGAUCGGCCUGGGCGGCGCCGUCUUCCUGGGCACCUUUGAGGCUGGUGUCAAGCUGCUCGAGGCUGCGUGA